CAUCGAUGCUUUUGUGGGAGGUGGAUUCAGAAUCAAUUCAGUAUGCCAUGCUGGAGGAGACAGAAAGUGGCACGUUUGUGGGCAACCUGACUAAGGAUUUGGGACUAAGGAUGGGAGAACUGGCUGCUCGGGAGGCUAGAGUGGUUUUCAAGGGGAACAGACAGUAUUUGCAGCUUGACCCACAGACCCAGGAUUUAGUGCUAAACGAAAACCUGGACCGGGAGGAGCUGUGUGGCUCCACAGAGCCCUGUGUUCUGUCUUUCCGGGUGUUACUAAAAAAUCCUUUGCAGUUUUAUCAAGCUGAACUGAGAGUUGUAGAUAUAAAUGACCACGCCCCAGAGUUUCCUGCCAGAGAAAUGCUCCUUAAAAUAUCAGAAAUAACUCCACCUGGAAAAAUAUUCCCUUUGAAAAUGGCACAGGACUUAGAUGCUGGCAGCCACAGCAUUCAAAGCUACUCUGUCAGUGAUAACCCUCACUUCCACGUGCUCACCCGCAACCGAAGCGAUGGCAAGAAGUUCCCUGAACUGGUGUUGGACAAGGCGUUGGACCGUGAGGAGCAGGCCCAGCUCAGACUAAAGCUCACCGCGGUGGAUGGUGGGUCCCCGCCCAGGUCAGGGACCACAGAGAUUCAAAUAUUAGUCUUAGAUAUAAACGACAACGCGCCCGAAUUUGCUCAGGAGCUCUAUGAGGUCCAAGUCCCUGAGAAUAACCCCAUUGGCUCACUGCUUAUUGUCGUCUCGGCCAAAGAUUUAGAUACAGGAUCCUUUGGGGAGGUGUCUUAUGCACUGUCUCAAGAUGAUGACGCUAAUGAGCCUUUUGAAAUAAACACAAAGACAGGAGAAAUUCGACUGAAAAGCACCUUGGAUUUUGAAGCAUUACAGUUUUACCAUGUGGAUGUCGAGGCCCUAGAUGGUGGCGGGCUAACAGGAAAAUGCUCUUUAGUCAUCCAAGUAUUGGACGUAAAUGAUAAUGCUCCGGAAGUGAUCCUAUCCUCUCUCAACAGCCCCAUCCCUGAAAAUUUGCCAGGUAUCAUAGUGGCAGUAUUCAGCGUUUCAGAUGCGGACUCAGGAAAUAACCAGCAGGUUAUGUGUUCCAUAGAUCGCAAUCUUCCAUUUCUUCUAAGACCAUCUAUGGAGAAUUUCUAUACUCUGGAAACAGAUGGGGCACUAGACAGAGAGAGCAGAGCUGAAUACAUCAUCACCAUUACAGCCACCGACAUGGGCACACCCAGGCUCACAACCCAGCACACCAUAACAGUGCAGGUGUCCGACAUCAACGACAAUGCCCCUGUCUUCAACCAAACUUUCUACACCCUGUUCGUCCGUGAGAACAACAGCCCCGCCCUGCACAUAGGCACCAUCAGUGCCACAGACUCAGACUCAGGCUCCAAUGCCCACAUCACCUACUCGCUGCUGCCACCCAACGACCCACAGCUGGCCCUCGACUCGCUCAUCUCCGUUAACGCAGAAAAUGGCCAGCUGUUUGCGCUCAGGGCACUGGACUAUGAGGCCCUGCAGGCCUUCGAGUUCCGCGUGGACGCCACAGACCGAGGCUCUCCGGCACUCAGCAGCCAAGCACUGGUGCGCGUGCUAGUGCUGGAUGACAAUGACAAUGCACCCUUCCUGCUCUACCCGCUGCAGAAUUCCUCUGAGCCCUGCACAGAGCUGCUGCCUAGGACAGCAGAGCCUGGCUACCUGGUCACCAAGAUGGUGGCAGUGGACCGCGACUCUGGCCAGAACGCCUGGCUGUCUUUCCAAUUGCUCAAGGCCACAGAGCCAGGGCUGUUCAGCGUGUGGGCGCACAAUGGCGAGGUGCGCACCACAAGGCUACUGAGCGAGCGCGAUGUGCCCAAGCACAGGCUGGUGCUGCUGGUCAAGGACAAUGGCGAUCCCCCGCGCUCUGCCAGUGUCACACUGCACGUGCUACUGGUGGAUGGCUUCUCUCAGCCCUACCUGCCACUGCCAGAGGUGGCGCAGGACUCCGUAGAGGAUAUUGAAGAUGUGCUCACGCUAUACCUGGUUAUCGCCUUAGCAUCUGUGUCUUCGCUCUUCCUCUUGUCUGUGGUGCUGUUCGUGGGGGUGAGGCUGUGCAAGAGGGCCAGGGCGGCCUCUCUGGGUGGCUACUCUGUGCCUGAUGGACACUUUCCUGGCCAUCUGGUGGAUGUCAGCAGCGCUGGGACUCUUUCCCAGAGCUACCAGUAUGAGGUGUGUCUGAGGGGAGACACUGGGACUGGUGAGUUCAAACUGCGAAAAGCAAUUAACCCCCAUUUUCCUUCUGUGGCAUCUGAGAGGAACACAGAGGAAAGUUCUACUCUUCGGAAUAGCUUCCUAUUCAUCUAA